UUCCUGUCAGAAUAACUGGAUUCGAUUGUGUACGGUAAAUGUUCCUUGGCUGUCUCUUGUAGCCUUGAUACUACCAUAUCAGAAUUUUGAAGAGCAUGAUGCUGUACGUGUAAAUUUAUGAGUUGCAAACAACACAAUGUGGGAAACUAUGUCUCCAGAAAAAGUGUACUCUUACGCACACUUUAUCCACACCAUAAUUCGUACUGGAGAUGACAAGUUAAAAGUCUUGAAAGAGAAUUUGUCAUCGAAAGAGCUGACAGCCGAGGUAUGCUCCAAAGUCCUACAUCAUCUGGUGAACGACAAGGCAGCGCUGUAUAUUGCUUGUGAAGAGGGUCAUUUAGACAUCAUCAGAUAUCUAGUGUCAGAAUGGAAGGUAGACAUUGAGCAGAGAGGACAUUACAAGCACAAACAUUUUCAUGAUCAUGUUCCACCACUUUGGAGCUGUACAGAACGCAAUUCCAUCGAGGUAUUGCGCUUGUUGAUCAGUCUCGGAGCUGACAUCAAUUGUACGUCCAGCACCAAUGGAACGGCUCUUCUGGUGGGCUGUCUACAUGAUAGUGCGGAAUGUGUGAAGGAAUUGAUCAAGGCUGGCGCGGACGUCAACACCCCCAACAUAUACGGGGCCACGCCUCUACUGAAUGCAGCCAGCAAAGGCUCUCUGAGUUUGUGCGAAUUUUUGAUUAAUAAUGGUGCUGAUGUCCUAGGGAGGGAUUGUAAUGGCAGAACAACCCUCCACAGAGCUGUUGAGGAAAACAGACUGGACGUAGUGAAAUUGCUUAUCGAGAAAGGCUGUGAUUGCACGUUACUCAACGAUACUGAGGAGAGUGCUUUUAGACAAGCUGCAUUGAAAGGAAGCCAUGAGAUUGUGGAGUAUAUAGCCAAAAAUGUUUCACUUGACCCUAUAGACAUUAUCGAGACAUAUGAACUUCUAGGAGCAUUUGAUGCUGAAAAAGAUGAUUAUGAGAAGGCUUCCAAAGUUUGGGUGAAUGCUUUGGAACUGAGAGGCCUUGAAAGAGAAAAACCAAUUCUGAAAAGCAUCUGUGAUACAUUAGGAAAAUAUACGGAUCAUGUGGAGGUGUCCAGCGCUGAUGAGAUCAAAGGUCUUACGAGUAAGGAAGAGUUCAUGGUGCAGAGUCUACUUGUGCGCGAGCGUAUACUUGGACCAUCACACUCGGAAACCAUCUGGUCGUUAGACUACUGUGGUGCUGUGUAUGCAGACAUGAACAAUUACAGUAAUUGUAUAAAACUCUGGAAGUGUGCUUACAAACGUCUUGUUGACAAGAGAAGGAACUGCACUGAAGAUUGUACCUUCAGGAUUCAAGCCAUCAUGAAAGUAUUCGUAGAUAUUGCCCAAGAACGCAAGACAUCGACUAAGUUCCCUUCGAAGGACCUGCUUGACAUCUUUGAGAUACUUAUAUGCAGUUUGCAAUUCGGCUGCAAAAUGUUCAACGUGCGGCCUCGGGAAGAGCAAGCAGCUAAACAGAUCGCCAUUUUAAUGAAAAUGGCGUUACAAUUGAUGAAUCUUCUUCUCAUGCAAGAGCUUCAUGCUUCUGACUUGGAUCGGCUGAAACAUUUAGCAGAGUGUGCAGUGAACACAGGUAUCAAAGACGAAGACGGCCGGACACUCCUUCACCUGUCCAUGGAGGCAGAAACCUCGACCACAAACGAAUACACGUAUACAUUGUUCCCAUCUUUUCAAGUGUUGAAACUUUUGGUGGACGUGGGUGCCAAUGUUAACGGUAUGGACAACAUGCGUAAUACAGUACUCCAUUACUGUGGAAACUCCGAGAGCCACCAGGUGGCUGGGUAUCUACUAGAUAACCACGCUCACGCGGACGUGAGGAACAGUGAUGGGUUGAGUGCCCUGGAGAGACUCAUAUCGUCAGGGUACCGUGUUUGUCCCAUGGAACACUGCACACUGAAGUGCCUUGCUGCCACUGCCGUGACUCGUAACAAAAUAAACUUCCAGGAGUGUCUCCCUAAAACACUCUACAGCUUUGUCGAAAUUCACAGAUUUGCCUAAAUGUUUAAAGUUACAGUGCAGAAAUCCGUAGGAAAAACUGCGGUUAAAAUUGAAGUAAUACAAUUUCAUAAAAAUUAUAGGUAUAUUGGUAUGAAAAGGUAAAAAAUCCCAAUGCCUUAAGUUUAUGUUCAAAUUAAAGCGUGCAGUGCCUUUUCUUCACUGAUUCUUAUCUCACCAGGUGCAGGGUUGAAGUUGUUUACAAUAUUUCUUAUGAAUAAUUAUAAGUAAAUUAACAAGAUGUCACGAGAGGAGAAUCCAACAAACAAUGACUAUGUGUUUGACUGGGUCAGAUGUAACAGUUAUACAACACUAUGUUGUUGUCUGUGUCAGAUGUAAUAGUUAUACAACACUAUUUUGUUGACUGGGUCAGAUGUAACAGUUAUACAACACUACGUUGUUGUCUGGGUCAGAUGUAACAGUUAUACAACACUAUGAUGUUGUCUGGGUCAGAUGUAACAGUUAUCCAACACUAUGUUGUUGUCUGGGUCAGAAGUAACAGUUAUACAACACUAUGUUGUUGGCUGGGUCAGAUGUAAUAGUUAUACAACGCUAUGUUGUUGACUGGGUCAGAUGUAAUAGUUAUGCAACACUAUGUUGUUGACUGGGUCAGAUGUAAUAGUUAUACAACACUAUUUUGUUGACUGGGUCAGAUGUAACAGUUAUACAACACUAUGAUGUUGUCUGGGUCAGAUGUAACAGUUAUCCAACACUAUGUUGUUGUCUGGGUCAGAUUUAACAGUUAUACAACACUAUGUUGUUGACUGGGCCAGAUGUAACAGUUAUACAACACUAUGAUGUUGUCUGGGUCAGAUGUAACAGUUAUACAACACUAAGUCGUGACUGGGUCAGAUGUAAUAGUUAUACAACCCUAUGUUGUUGUCUGGGUCAGAUGUAACAGUUAUCCAACACUAUGUUGUUGUCUGGGUCAGAUUUAACAGUUAUACAACACUAUGUUGUUGGCUGGGUCAGAUGUAAUAGUUAUACAACGCUAUGUUGUUGACUGGGUCAGAUGUAACAGUUAUUCAACACUAUGUUGUUGUCUGGGUCAGAUGUAAUAGUUAUACAACACUAUGUGGUUGACUGGGUCAGAUGUAAUAGUUAUACAACACUAUGUUGUUGACUGGGUCAGAUGUAAUUGUAAGAAAAUGAAAUAUAUUAUUAUAAUAAUAAUUCUUUUUUUUUUUAUAUCUUUUACACAUUUUAUACCCCGAGUGUGGUUUAAAGGGGAAUUUAAUCACUUUUGCUGUGUAAGAAAAUUAAAUAAUGCCAGUUUAAUCCUGCUGAUAAGAAAAAACAGCGAAGGUUUGUGGCACAGUAGCUUAGAUGUGUUCAUUGUAAGACUGCUCUACUGAAUACUAAAAUUGUGGACACUUAUUAAUUACAUUUUCUGUCAGGUUUAUUGUUAUUGAAACUUCAUGCAGUUUCAAAAUGAAUACAUGCAUCCUAAUUGUAAGAACUUUAUAUCACUGAUUGGAUAAACAUUUCUGUUCUGUGUACUUGCAUUUUAAAUGACUUCUCUCCUCAUUGGUAUUAACAAUUCAGAAAGAUGUGUUUGUUAAGACUGUAUAUGGUAUCAAAUCAAAGCCCCUCUUUUACUGAUCAUACUUUACCAGUAAAAUCGUGAAAAUUCCCUCAACAGUUUCGAUAGAUUCAAGAUAAAUUUAGAAAAAAAGCUAGUGUUGACCCAGUCGAGAGGAUUAUUAAGCAGAUGUGAUUUGAAACCUGCCGAUUAUUCCAGUCUUUUAGGUGAAGAAGAUAUAAUUAUAUAGAAAUUCGACUUUGUUCUGUUUAACUAACAUUCUUUGCAGGUAAAACGUUCAGUACAUGAGUGUACUGUAGACUGAAUUUCUCAUUGUUGAUUUUAUAUUGCUAAAUACUACUUAUGUUUCCCUACUGAGCUGAGUUUUGUGAUUCUCUUGCUUUGUCUGUGAUAGUUGUCUUUCUUAACUAAGGUUUGAAAGGACAAGUUUAGUUGUUAUGACAAUAAAUCAUUAUUUUUACUGAAGUUGCCUGUUUGUUUUCAUAAAAAGGUUAUGGCUUUGUUCUGUAGUCACUAACUUAAUUAAUGUAUAAACAAAAUCAGUAGACCAAAGGCACUGACAAACUUGAUUGAAUCAGAUGAUUUUUGACCUCUUAACAUUC